CUCCCGCUUGCAUAAAAGCUUUGGUCCUUUAGACCUGCCUGCGGCGUCGGUUCCACUUCUCUCGUUUUGGAGUCCGCACGCUCACAUCUCCUCCUCCUCCUCACUCUCACUGCAUGUCGGUUUUCCUUUUCCUUUCGUAGAGCCACUCCCUUCUUAUCACUCUCACCCUCAUUCAUUCCUCGUCGCUUCACAGAUUCCUCUCUUCACUCUUGCUCUGUUUCCUGCUCUUUCCCCCCGAUCCUGAUCCAAUACCUCAUCCCCCACCCCUUUCCGCAAUCAUUACUUUUCACCUGCGGUUUUCUCAUCUCGGAAAUGGUGGAUCCGAGCGGCAAAGGAUCGGAAGCCGACGGCGCUAAUGCGAGGAAUCCAAAUGGGGCUUCGUCGGAAGAGAGCCCAGCAAUGAACGAGCCUAAGAAGACGUGCGCCGAUUGCGGCACCAGCAAGACACCUCUCUGGCGAGGCGGUCCGGCUGGGCCUAAGUCACUGUGCAACGCUUGUGGGAUCAAAAGCAGGAAGAAGAAGAGAGCGAUUCUGGGUUUGAACAAGGGAAGCAUCGAGGAGAAGAAAGGAAAGAGAAACAGUACUAACAACAACAAUGGAAGCAGCAAGAUUGGGGACAGUUUGAAGCAAAGGUUAAUGGCGUUGGGAGGGGAGGUUUUGAUGCAGAGGAAGAAGCUGGGGGAGGAAGAGCAAGCAGCAGUUCUAUUGAUGGCUCUCUCAUAUGGAUCCGUUUAUGCUUAGUUAGAACCAUGAGAAAUACUAGCUCUUUUCCUUCUAGGAUGCACUCACUUUAACAAUCCAAGUGUAUCUAUCAAUAUUCAAUGUCUGCCUUCUUACUCUGUGUGAUUAGCCUGGGAUAGCUUCAUAUUUUUAGUUCACUGACUUUGUUUGGUGCCGCCUAUGUAUCUCACUAAGAAUUGUAAGAAAUGAUUCAGAUCCAAUUUUGGUAAUAUAGCAGUGGCCUUUAUUACAU